GGAAGAAAUGAUGAAUUACUCAUGUUCGUCCAUCGUUGCUAUGAACUGUUGACAAGCGCCCCUCUAGUCGUGCUUCCUCGCUUCUAAAAUCGACCGGAAGGCGAGAUUCCGUCUUACUUACCCCGCUAGACCGACUGUACCUAGACGCAAAGCAGCACUACUAGUCACAACUGGUAAAGUCGUUAACUUGAUAGUGAGAAUACGCCCGUAGUUUAGAAAGCUUAAAUUCCCGGCGUGUGCUCAGUCCAGAGUCACCCAGAUCAGCACCUCUUGCAACAUUUCGAGGUCACCUCAGAAGAAGGAAGAAUAAGAACAACAACAUGGCACCCCUUGACGACACGACGGAAACCAAUCGAUUCGACAGUUUCGACGUAUUUCGGACUUCGUAUAAGAAGAUCGGCGAACAUGAAAUCGAAGUUGGUAUCAUCGUGCCGAAAGACCUCAAGCCCGGAAAGUCUCCAGUUAUGGUCAAGUUCCACGGCGGUGGACUGAUUACAGGAGACUGUCUCUUUCCCGGCUGGUUCAGCGCAUAUUUCGUCCCCUUCAUCCACCGCAACAACGCAAUCGUGGUAGCUCCCAACUACCGCUUUGUUCCUGAACACAGUGGCGCAGACAUCCUCGAAGAUCUAAGUGACUUCUGGACCUGGUUCAACAAAGGUUCAGUCAGCGACUUUCUUGCCUCUCACAGGAAAGGAGGCGGUAUCGAGCUAGACUACGAGAAAACCCUGGUCUCAGGCGAGUCGGCGGGUGGUUACAUGGCCUUGAUGUCAGGUCUCACUCAGCCUCGCGGCAGCAUCAAAGCUAUCCUGGCAGAAUUCCCCAUGACAAACUAUCUGCGUAUCGAGAAAAGUGACAUGUAUUUCGACGCACCUUCUCCUCCAGAAUCCGAGCUGGCUGAGCAUAUUUCGACCAUCAAGCCAGGUGUUGUUGUUUCUUCAGGAUGGCCACCGGCAAGAUUGUCAUUGAACUACCUUUUAGCGGCAUACGGACACUACCUCACUUAUUUCGGAAAAGAUGAGAAGAUGUGGCCGAUCGGGCUUAUUGAGGAUAAGAAAUGGUUGCCGCCGACGUGGAUUGUCCAUGGCGAUGUGGACUCAGCGGUUAGUGUAGAGGAUAGUAAGAAGUUUGUGGAGAAGUGCAAAGCGCUAGGAGAUAAUAUUGAGGUUCAGUUGGAGAUUAGGCCGGGACAAGAACAUGGCUUCACUAUCCCAAUCAAGGAGGACGAGGAGCCGUGGCUCAAGGAGGGGUUGGCAUGGGUAGAGGGGAAAUGGCUGCGCUCAUGAGGCACGGAGUAGACGUAGGCUUGGAUGAGGAAUAGAUCAGCCACACACACUCUGAGAGUACUACAGAUUAAAUCUGAGCUCCUUAUCGCAU